AUGAACUGCAGUACAGCGUCGUCAUGCGAUAAUUAUCCGCCAACUGUUGUUCCAGCCAGCACUACUGGUGUUACCCUGGAGGAAAAAGCAAAGUCGCUUGAAAACAAACUAAAAGAUUUACGUGAAAAUGAUCUACAUCUUACAAAGACCUACACGAGCAUUGGUGAAAUUUAUUAUGAACAAGGUGAAUGUGAACGCGCACUCGCUAACUACAAGAAAGCACUGGAAAGUGGACUUAGAAAUUUACCAUCGACAGAUCAGAGUGAAGAAAUUGCAACGUGUUAUUUAAACAUUGGACAGGUCUACGAAGCACAAAAACGGUUUUCCGAAGCUUUAGAAAUGUGCGAAAAAGCGCUUGAAAUUGACUUAAAAGUUCUCCCACCCAAUCAUCCAUCACUUGGUACAGUUUACACUCAAAUUUCAUCUAUUUACGAUUCUCUAAAAGAUCAUUCAAAAGCUAUUAAAUAUCUACUGAAAGCACUCGAAAUUAAAUUAACUUCACUUCCAUCGAAUCAUCCGUCGCUAUCUGCAACAUAUUAUUAUUUAUCAAUGGCCCACUUUGAACUAGGCCUUUGA